AUGGACCCUCAGCAUAAGUCAUUUGCUCCAACAGUCUACACCAUAACCCAGAAAACCGCAUGGAACCGAAUCUGGAUUAACUUUGCAGGGAAGCAAUCGAAAACGAAGUGGAAUGCCGAAGAAUGCGAUGGUUCUGUACCUCGGGAGGGCCUUCACGAAUGGCCAACAUCGAGCGAAUAUGUGCAGCCCGCCACAGCCCAAGAUGAAAUGAUGAAAAGCGCGAGGCCUUCUCUCACUCAAUCCAUGAACCCUAAACCCGGUCCGAGAGAGCGAGCGAACGAACCGCACCACGUGAAGGCAGUCGCAGUCGCGGUUGAAGGCGCCAUAACAAGCACCGUUCACUCUACUGUACUCCCCGGAGCCCCCUCGGGCUCCGGAAGACGCGGAGGAAGCGGAUAG